CCACGGAGGCAGACAUUCCCAGCAGUAGCUACCCGAAUUCGUCGUUUUUGUCUGCUCACACAAAGGAGAGUGAAGACAUACUUGACAGCCAGGGGAAUCCGUCACACACACAGGAGCAACCAGUACUACAGCAUUCUAGUCUGGCAUACAUUUAA